AUGGUGCUCUGGGGUCUGAUGCUGGGAGCUCUGAUGGUGGCCACUGUGGGGUACCUGUGCCUGCAGGAGCUGCUCCGGCAACAAAGACCCAAGGAGCCCCCUCUGGAUAAGGGCUCCGUGCCCUGGCUGGGCCAUACUCUGGCUUUCCGGAAGAAUAUGUUUGAAUUUCUGAAGCACAUGCGGGCUAAACACGGGGACAUAUUCACGGUGCAGCUAGCGGGCCGGUACUUCACCUUUGUCAUGGACCCUCUCUCCUUUGGCCCCAUCGUCAAGGAUACGCGGAGAAGACUAGACUUUCUGGAAUAUGCGGAAAAACUGGUGUUAAAGGUAUUUGGAUACCGCUCCGUGCAGGGAGACUACCAGAUGAUACACUCAGCCAGCACCAAGCACCUCAUGGGGGAUGGCUUGGAGGAGCUCAACAAAGCCAUGCUGGACAGCCUGUCCUUGGUUAUGCUGGGGCCCACAGGCCCCAGUCUGGAUGCCAGUAGCUGGCGUGAGGAUGGCCUCUUUCACUUCUGCUACAACAUCUUGUUCAAGGCCGGCUACCUGAGCUUGUUCGGCUACACAAAGGACAAGGAGCAGGACCUGCUACAGGCAGAGGAAUUAUUCGUGCAGUUCCGCAAGUUCGACCGCCUGUUCCCCAGGUUUGUCUACUCCCUGCUGGGGCCCAGGGAGUGGCUGGAAGUGGGCCGGCUCCAGCGUCUCUUCCAUAAGACGCUCUCUGUGGAACACAACAUGGAGAAGUACGGCAUAAGCAACUGGAUCACCUAUAUGCUUCAGUUUCUGAGGGAGGAGGGAGUCGCCCCAGCCAUGCAGGACAAGUUCAACUUCAUGAUGCUCUGGGCCUCCCAGGGUAACACAGGGCCUACCUCUUUCUGGGCCCUCUUGUUCCUCCUGAAGCAUCCAGAAGCCAUGAGAGCUGUGAGGGAGGAGGCCACCCAGGUCCUGGGAGAGGCCAGGCUGGAGGCCAAGCAGUCCUUCAACUUUAAGGUCAGUGCCCUGCACCGCAUGCCGGUGCUGGACAGCGUGAUGGAAGAGACACUGAGGCUGGGGGCCGCGCCGGCCCUCCUCAGGGUGGUGAACGGUGACCACAGCCUGAAGAUGGCCAGUGGGCAGGAGUACCUCCUCCGCAAUGGAGACAUCCUGGCCCUCUUCCCUUAUCUCUCAGUGCACAUGGACCCCGACAUCCACUCCAAGCCCACCACCUUCAAGUACGAUCGCUUCCUCAGCCCCAGCGGCAGCCGAAAAGUAGACUUCUACAAGGCAGGCAAGAAGAUCCACCACUACACCAUGCCAUGGGGCUUGGGUGUCUCCAUCUGCCCUGGCAGGUUCUUGGCCCUCAGCGAGAUGAAGCUCUUUGUCCUGCUCAUGGUCACACACUUUGACCUGGAGCUGGUGGACCCUGACACACCUGUGCCACCCGUGGACCCCCAGCGCUGGGGCUUUGGCACCAUACAGCCCAGGCACGAGGUGCGAUUCCGCUACCGCCUGCGCCUGUGCAGUGAGCUCUGCCCAGGUGGCCGCAAGCCUGACUAG